UGCGGCUUUUCAUGAUGGGUUUUUGUCGUUUGUAACCGUUCUAGAUAUCCUUACUGUUAUCGCUUACUAACUUGAGCACGUUUUUCACAACUUAACGACGUGAUUGGUAACCAGAUACAAAUCUGAUAGCGAUCUAAGUUUCCCUAUGUUCUCUGUAUUGGUGUCUUGUGGCACAUAUGACGGUAGUGUCUUCACGUUAGAAUAUCAUCAUACCACUGAUACUGCUGGUCCAAAACUGUUAAAGCCAUUGUUUGUCGAUCCUACGGCACAUUCUGGACCAGUUACAUCGCUAGCUGCAAAGGACAGUGUGGUUCUUUCCGGAAGUAGUGAUGAGAUUAUUCAGGUUAGUUUUUAAAGCUUCGGAUUUUUGUGUAUAUCAACUGACAGACGUUUACGAACUAUUUUGUUUCUAUGUAUAUUUUAAGGUGCACUUUAGUUUUUUACUUCAAACGGAAACGUAACUAAACGACAUCUUUUGAGAAACAAGAAAACGGUUAUUGUUUUUUUAGAAGUUACGACUGAGCAAUGAGCAAAUAACAGAUUGACGAAUUAUGUGUAGACAAAUUAUUAUCGUCCGUACUUAGAAUCAUUUAAAUUCGGCUCGUGUGUUUUUGUAACACUAGGGGGAUUUACAUCGUGUGUUUAGUCGGUCAGUCGAUCGCAACCUUGAACAAGGUAUGUACAUUCAUCUCAGUUUGUCUCACCACAUAAGCACCAAUGAAAUUAUCAAGUCCAAUCCCAGUGGUAGUAACAGUACUGGUACAAUUUAGGUAUUGAAGAUGCUCGACAAAAUAUAAAGUAGGCGAAUAAAUCUUUAGUAAAUGAGAUCGUGAAUAAUGUUGAAGCGUAGUUUUUGAGAAAAAACAGAAUCGAUGUAGCUGUGCCAUUGCAGAUGGCUUUGAUUCAUGUUGUUCAAUGCCCCUAACCGCUGGGUAAAGAUAGAGCAAUAACUCUUACCAAUACUUAUUUCAAAAUUAUCGUAGGACGAGGUCUAUUACUAUCUACAAAUCUCUCACCCAAUUAAAUUAAAGAAUGCUGAUUUCUAACUAAAUGUUGUUCUGGUGUCUGCACAUUAAUCAUGGUAACUGUAGGUUUUCCAUUUUGGUGAAUGUAAAACACAUCAGAUUCUUGUUUCAAGCAGAUACAAAUUCCAACAAUUGCCUUCUGGUUAGUAUAAUAGUGAGCGCAGAAAAGAAAAAAACUAAAAUGAUCAAGAUGUUGAACAUCACUAAAUCAUGUUUGUAGUUGAAGUCUUAUGCAGCAAUUUUCCCAAGUGUGUUGCGAAAAUGUCUCAAUUUUGUUUUUCUUAGAUAUUUUCAGUGCAUUCAAAGACUCGUGUAGGUGCACUCGAAAUGCACGUUGGAACUAUAAGACAGCUCAGAUUCAUUGCAGAACCAUGUGGUUCAGCGUACUGUCACUUUUUCAGUGCUGGUGAUGAUGGAUGUAUUGGUAUUUGGCGUUGCGAAACUCCUGGAGGCCAACUUACAAAAUGCCCACAUCCAUCAGCUUGGGAAUGCGUUCGUCAAAUUCGUCGACAUAAGGGGCCAGUACAAAGUAUAGCAAUCCACCCUUCCCAUCGCUGUCUUUUCUCCAUCAGUGCAGACAAAACGUUUCGUGUAUGGAACCUUCUUCGCGGUCGACAGGCUUAUGCUAUUAGACUUAAAAAUCUAGCAGGUGAAGCAAACAAACUUACAAUGUCACCCACUGGUAAUCGUCUUCUUUUUAUUUGGCCAGAUAAAUUCAAAAUGGUUGAUCUUGUUAGUGAAUUGAAGGCAGAUCCUAAUACUAGCGAAAAUGAAGCCUUCGUGCUUGGCAGCGUCCAGUUUUCUAAUCCCCCUACUUCGGACCCUACUUUCUUCAGUGAAGACGAUGAACUGUGUAUUCAAAAUUCUUCAGAUCCCUUGUUUGCAUAUGUUCUGGUUGGCAUAGGAGCGACACUUAUGUUAAUCAAAUUCAACAUUCGCAGUAACACGUCUAAGCCAUGGACACCCGAAAUUACGAGUAAAGUAACCCUGCCGGGUAAACGAAUCAAAUUUAUCCAAGUUCUACACUGGCCAUCUGAUUUGGCAGAAAAGGAACAAAUAUGUCGCGGGCGUAGUCGGCUGGUAGUUGUCAUUACAACUGAGGCCGAUGGUAGUCAUGUACGAGGUUAUGCUGUGGAUAUUAAUUCGACAGAUAUCCUUGAACCAGGGAAGUCGUUCAUCCCUUUGUUCACAUAUGAUAUCCCAAGUGCUCGAAUUACUGCUUUAGCUGCCACCUGGACCUCAACUAAUUAUAUGCACCAUCCUGAAGUAUGAACACAAGGUUAUUCCCCAAUUAAAUCGAAUGUAAAUGGUAUCUACUUGUACAAUAAUUAUGUAUAUAAAACCCUGUCAUUUUCUGAUCUUAUCUGUUUGCAUUACAUACACAUGGCUGGACGUGUAACCCAGUAACUACGUAGAUUGAGCUAACAUGUAAAUGAAGUACUUCAGUUCUUUACGCGAAACCCGG